CGCUGCGGGAGCCGCAGGAUUACGGCGGGGCUGCUCGGCGGGUGCGCGGCUUCGCGUUCGGACUGCGGGCGGGGCGGCUCGGUCCGAGAGAGUCGGUCCGGCGGCCGCGGGGCGCCUCGUUCGCUCGGCCCGGCGGUGCGGACCCGGCCGCGGUCGUGCGGCUGUCGGCGGCGGCUCCUCUUUCGGCUCCGGGUUUUUUUCGCUACCUUUACGGACGAGGAAAGGAGAAGCGGCGGUGCGGGCGCUGGGUGCGUGCCCGGGAUCUCUCGCUGCCCGCCGGCUGCGGUCGCCCUUCCCAGCACGGUAAAACCUUGCACAUGGAAGACUAAAUGUGUGGUUCACCUGAAACAGAGCCAAAGUUACUGAAUUGAGGCAACUGAAGAUGCUGCUGCUGUGGAAACAGCUGUUCCUGGUAUCACUCGUUGGCUGUCUUGGAGACCCUGAGAGCUCACGGACGAAGAUGAGAAGCACUGUAUCCGUGCGAGAAGGGCAGGGAGUGGUGCUGCUCUGCGGAACGCCGCCCCGUGCCGGAGAGUUGUCAUUUGCUUGGAUCUUCAACGAGUAUCCAUCGUUUGUCCAAGAGGACAGCCGGCGAUUUGUGUCUCAGGAGACCGGCCACCUCUACAUCGCCAAAGUGGAGCCUUCAGAUGUGGGAAAUUACACCUGUGUCGUGACCAGCACUGUGACAAACAGCCAGGUCCUUGGGUCACCAACUCCUCUCGUGCUGCGCACUGAUGGUGUGAUGGGAGAAUAUGAACCCAAAAUAGAAGUUCAGUUUCCUGAGACGCUUCCUGCAGCGAAAGGCUCAACUGUGAAACUGGAAUGCUUUGCACUAGGAAACCCUGUGCCUCAGAUUAAUUGGAGAAGAACUGAUGGUAUGCCAUUUCCAAGCAAAAUAAAGCUAAGGAAAUCCAAUGGCAUGAUUGAAAUACCUAAUUUCCAGCAGGAGGAUGCAGGACUGUAUGAAUGUAUUACUGAAAACUCAAGAGGAAAAAACAUUGCAAGAGGUCGUCUCACUUACUAUGCAAAACCACACUGGAUCCAGAUGAUAAAAGAUACUGAAAUUGCCGUGGAGGAUACCUUGUACUGGGAUUGCAGAGCAAGUGGCAAGCCGAAACCAUCAUAUAGGUGGCUGAAGAAUGGAGACCAGCUGUCAGUAGAGGGAAGGAUCCAGAUUGAAAAUGGUGCACUUACAAUAUCGAAUCUAAAUCUGACAGAUUCUGGCAGAUACCAGUGCAUAGCUGAAAAUAAACAUGGUGUCAUCCAUUCGAGUGCGGAGCUCAGGGUUGUAGCUUCUGCUCCAGAUUUUUCCAGGAACCCAAUGAAGAAAAUGAUUCAGGUUCAGAUUGGCAGCACAGUUGACUUUGAAUGCAAACCAAAAGCUUCCCCCAAGGCCAGGUGUUCCUGGAAGAAGGGAGGUGAGCAGCUACACGAAAAUGAAAGAAUCACAUUAUUAAAGGAUGGAGGACUAAGAAUAACCAAUGUGACCAAAGUUGAUGCUGGAAGCUACACUUGUGUGGCAACAAACCAGUUUGGAACAGCCAGUGGGACGACAAACUUAGUAGUUACAGAGCCAACAAGGAUCACUUUGGCACCUUCAAACAUGGAUGUCACUGUUGGAGAAAGCGUCAUCUUGCCUUGCCAGGUUCAGCACGAUCCUAUACUGGACAUCAGCUUCACGUGGUAUUUCAAUGGGACACUCACCGACUUCAAAAAAGAUGCCUCUCAUUUUGAGAAGGUUGGAGGGAGUGCAUCAGGAGAUUUGAUGAUUAGAAACAUCCAGCUGAAACACAGUGGAAAAUACGUUUGCAUGGUGAAGACAGAAGUAGACAGUGUGGCAUCUGCAGCUGACCUUAUAGUACGAGGCUCACCUGGGCCCCCUGAACACGUGAGGGUGGAUGAAGUAACUGAUACUACAGCUCAGAUCUCCUGGCAGGAAGGCACAGACAAUCACAGCCCAGUGACUGCUUACACUGUACAAGCAAGAACACCUUUUUCAGUUGGCUGGCAGCGAGUUACCACAGUUCCAGAUGUGAUUGAUGGAAAUACAUUCACAACCACAGUGGUGGAUUUAAAUCCUUGGGUGGAAUAUGAAUUUCGUGUAGUUGCCAGUAACAAAAUAGGAGGUGGAGAACCUAGUUUACCCUCAGAAAAAGUAAGAACUGAAGAGGCAGUUCCUGAAAUUCCCCCAGCUGAAGUCAGUGGGGGAGGCGGCAGCAGGUCUGAACUGGUCAUAACAUGGGAUCCCAUCCCUGAGGAGUUGCAAAAUGGAGAAGGAUUUGGAUACGUCGUCGCUUUUCGCCCCUUUGGCACCACAACGUGGAUACAGACUGUAGUCACCUCUCCUGACACGCCCAGAUAUGUCUUCAGGAAUGAAAGCAUCUUGCCAUUUUCACCAUAUGAAGUCAAAGUUGGUGUCUAUAACAAUAAAGGAGAAGGGCCAUUCAGUUCAAUAACCACUGUUUUUUCAGCUGAAGAAGAGCCUACUGUAGCCCCCACUGGUGUGUCUGUGACAAGCCUGUCCUCCUCUGUCAUCGAAGUCUCCUGGAAUGCCAUUCCCUGGAAGAUGAGUAGUGGAAGACUACUGGGCUAUGAGGUGAGGUACUGGAAUAAUGGAGGAAAAGAAGAAUCUUCAAACAGAGUUAAAGCUGCAGGGAAUGAAACUUCAAUAAGAAUAACAGGUUUGAAGAGCAACUUAGCAUACUACACAGCUGUCCGUGCCUACAACAGUGCUGGAGCAGGUCCCUUCAGUGCCACAGUGAAUGCUACCACAAAGAAGACACCACCCAGUCAGCCACCAGGAAAUGUUGUGUGGAACGUUACUGACUCCAGAGUCAUCCUCAACUGGGAAGAAGUAAGAGCCAUGGAGAAUGAGUCUGAGGUGACUGGGUAUAAGGUUCUGUACAGGACAAGCAGUCAGAACAAUAUGAAUGUGCUGAACACAGACAAAACAACAGCUGAACUUCUGCUCCAGUUUAAUGAAGAUUACAUUAUAGAAGUAAAAGCAACAACUGAAGGUGGAGAUGGCACUAGCAGUGAUCAGAUCCUGAUUCCCAGACUAGCUAGUAUGGAUGCAAGAGGCUCUGGUCCAUCAACCUUGAACAUCUACAGUCUAUCUGGCAUUUUAUCGACAGUGUUUUCCUUCACUCUUAAUUCAGUGUUGUGAUGCUGCAUUUUUUCAUUUGCUAGAAGAAACAAAUUAUCAAUCAGUUAUUACAGAAAAGUGCUUUUUCUUAAAAAAACAAAGAAGCUGCAGUGGUUAAUGCAUGUUUUUCUUCUGACAUGUUUUUAAAUUCUUUCUAUUUCACUGUAGGAUGAAUUAAAAAAUACCAUGUAAAGUUUAGCAAAUCCUUUAAAAAGGAGUCUGAAAUGCCUUAAUACUUGAACCAAAGGAGUUUACAUAUUAUGUACUUCAGCUACAAUGUAAGAAGAGAGAGUUGAAAUGGCACUGUGAUCAGUUACAAGGAAGAGCUUGGCUCUAUGAAAAACUCAGUUUUUACAGUGACAAUGAAUUGUUUUGAGUAUAUUUUACAGUAUUAUGAUAACAUCAUUCUACAUAUGAAAGCUGAGAGCAGAGCAUGCAGUUUCAAGCAGUGGAAAACAUGAACUACUUGGCAGUUCUUUAAGACAGUGUCAGCAGCUUGCUGCCCUUUACAGAAGUUAUUCUAAAUCUAGCAAGAAAUCAAAGCUAAAAGUUAGAGAAGUCGCAGUAUUAAUGUUAGUUUUGCACAGUCCACAUUGGGGUGUCUGGAGGCAGGGCUUCCACUGCUUCUAAGAGAUGAGCUCACAGCCACGUUUCAAAGAAAGCUCUCUUCUAUCCCAGCAUACAUCUGCGUACUCUUUCCAGCACUUGACCUUCCUCUUAAUCACUUCUAAGGUAAUUUCCUCACAUCCUUACCUUAUAUUCAGUAACCAGAUCCUUUAUUCAUAACCGAGCUGUGAUCAUUCUUAUUGCCCCCUUCUCUGAACUCCUAUCAGUGUGUUUCACUGACACAAGUGCCCAUUUGUAAGCAUUACUGAAAUGCAGUUGCACCACGGCCUUAUGAAAAGGAACUGUUACCAUCUUCCUACCUUGUGGUGUGGUGCUUCCAAAUAUGCAGCCCAAAAUUACCUUGUCUGCCGCACCGCACGCGCUGUAAAUUCAAUAAUACAUUCAUAAUUCUCCUUCCAGCUGCUCUUUAAUCCGUUCAGACUAUUUCUACCUGGUCCAGCACUCUAAUACACCCCAUUGCUAUCAUCUAAUUCUAGUAAGUUUAUGGCAAUACUAUAGCUUAUAAUUUUAAAAAUACAUUGAGGAUCUCAAGCUCGCUACAGUGAAAUCCAUGCUUUCUUUCAUAGCAAUACCUUAAACCUGGUAUAUCCGACUUUCACCGUUGUGAAUUUAGACCAGUCAGCCUGUUGGACUCAUCCAUGGUACAGCAAGUGUUCAUGUGACAUAAAGCAUAUCUUAAAGACCUUCAUUUUUAUCUCACGAGAUUAUGAGAGCACACAAACAUGAAGAACCAGGAUUAAAGGUAUCAUGAUAACACUAUAGAAAUACCUUGAUAUGCAUUCAAAUAGAUCAGCAUCACAUCCAGAUGAAAAUAGUGCUAGCUGUUGAAGUAAGCAAGAUCUGUAUAUACUGUAAAUAUAUAGUUAUAAAUGGCUAGUUGCUUUUCAAUGUGGCUAACCAGUGAUGUUUUCAGACACUUGCAAAUAGGGGGGAGGGUGGGAGAUGGAAAACAGGGGUUACUAGUAAGUAUAUAGUUCUGUUUCCUGCAACAAAGAGUGAAUCUUUCUAUUCUUGUUUCACAGAAUUGCAGUUCACAUUCCUGUAUUGCCAUUUUCAUGCUAUUACCGUGUAUUAUUUAAUUUCUAGUUAUAUAUCUCCAUGAGAUAUGUACCGAGUACCUUGUUUCAUAUUGAAAAGUUUAAAAUUUCUCCUUAAACUUCCAGUUGUGUGUGUAUCCUAUGGUUAUCUGUAUGCAUUUUUCUAUUCUAAUAAAAUAUUUAUUACAUAGAGGGAUACAAGACUAUUUCAGAUAUUAUUGCAUGUCCAUAUAUUAUAUACUUGCACAUGGGGAUUCACUGCAACUAAAAUCCUUGUCUGUGCUCCUCAGAACAUUUCUCCUUCCUGAUGCUUCAUGGCAGGACAGGAGCGGUUUCCUUCUCAGCAGUUCUGCUGCCAUUAAAAUCCUCACCUGUAUACCCAGGCCUGCUUGUACAGAAAGGAGGGCCAGAGGGAGAGGAGGAGUAAGGGCUACAGCUGCUGAGCUCUG